CGCUUGGAUCUGAUAUCAUCCUGCCUCGGACAUGCAGGUCCAUCCUCACAUAUUCAUUCCAACUAGUCCCAAGCAUCGUACUUUAUCGUGUUCAACACUGAAACUUUUACAUUCCGUAGUUUCCCGGUGCGCCCGAAUCAAUAAUAUCCCCUUUCCGGCAUCACCCAUUCCGGCCAAUAAAAUUAGCGCAAUUACUUUUGCGUCGUCUUCACUACUCCACUACUACGACAGCUUCAACCAAACUCGGCAUAAUCAAAGAUACACUACCCGAACAAUGUCGACUUCCAAUUUGAAUAAGAAGGCUUUCGAUCCCAUCCAAAGAACUGCUUCUCCAUAUCCUGACAAGAACAGCGUUGCUCCUUCUCAUCUCGUUGCACAACACCAACCUACAAACAAUUAUCAUUCCUCAUCACUCUCCACUCUCAAAAUGGUCUCUACACAUCCAAGCGUCAAUCGCACAUGUUAGUAUACUCCUCUUCAAUACUUCUACUGCUUCAUACUUGCCACUUUCGAUGUGGCUUCCCAUGUUCAAUUCAGCGUGGACAAUCAGCAUGAACGUCGCCAUGCUUUUCACCUCAACAGCCCCAUACACAUUCCUUAACUCCCAACACUACGAUAAAGCUCCAUUAUAGCUUCGAUAGAUCUACAGUUUGCUAACAUUCUUCUUUCUAGCACUGCAUCCUAGCGGUGUACAACCACAAGCUGAGCACACCGAGCUUGAGGAGGAACUCCACGAGAAGGCACAUAUCGAUUAUGAUCGUGUAGCUAUUGUAUGCAUUCAGCACCUUUGUCAAGGCCUCCAGUUUCUAACCCAAUUCUUUUUCUAGGUUCCUAACCCCAGCGUCGCUGCCCUCUACGAAGAUGCUCUUGUUUACGAAACUGGUUCUGCCAUCACAUCUACCGGCGCCCUUACUGCAUACUCUGGAGCUAAGACGGGUCGUUCACCCUUGGACAAGAGAAUUGUCAAAGAACCAUCAUCUGAAAAUGAUAUUUGGUGGGGACCGGUCAAUAAGCCUAUGACUCCUGAAGUAAGAAGAUAAUCUCCUGUUUCCUUUUCUCUAUUGUAUCCUUUUCUUUUGCAUUGCAUACAAUCCGUUUUCAGCGGAGGGAAACUACAUUUUGGUUUCAAAGAUUUUCUAUGAAUUUCGAAAGCAGCAACCCAAUUCCUCAAUGCUUUUGAGCAUAUUUUUACACAUCCACAACUUUUUUUAAUUUCCCAAAUUCAUGUCUCGCUCUCUUCAAACAAACUUUCCCCGCACAUUUCUACGUCAUAAGUUAUUGAACAUCCUCGGGUUUAUUUUAUUCCUUUUCCUUCCCCAAGCGAAUUGCGGGGUGCAUAUAGAACUAAACCGAUAUUAUCCGGGUCUCGCUGCUAUUAAGCUAAUCCUCCCCCUUUUCGAGUCGUGUGCGAGCAUUGUCCGAUAAAUAUUUUAAUGUUUGAAGGUCAAUCGACUAACAUCAGUACUAGGUAUGGAGAAUCAACCGUGAACGUGCAAUUGAUUAUUUAAAUACAAGAAAUCGUAUUUAUGUUGUCGAUGGCUUCGCAGGAUGGGAUGAAAAAUACAGAAUCAAGGUUCGAGUCGUAUGCGCACGUGCAUACCACGCUCUCUUCAUGCGCAAUAUGCUCAUUAGACCUAAUCGUAAAGACCUCGAACAUUUCCACCCAGAUUAUACUAUUUACAACGCAGGAUCUUUCCCUGCUAAUAGAUAUACCGAGGGUAUGACUUCAGGUACUUCAGUUGCUAUCAACUUUGCCGAACAAGAGAUGGUUAUCCUAGGUACCGAAUAUGCUGGCGAGAUGAAGAAGGGUGUUUUCACAGUCCUUUUCUACGAGAUGCCUGUUAAGCAUAAUGUUCUUACUCUCCACUCGUCGGCCAAUGAAGGUAAAGACGGGGACGUUACUGUCUUCUUUGGUCUCUCGGGUACAGGUAAAACAACACUUUCAGCAGAUCCUAAUCGUGCCUUGAUUGGUGACGAUGAGCACUGUUGGAGCGAACGUGGUGUUUUCAACAUCGAGGGUGGUGUAAGUAGUUCAAUUCCUGUAUUGAUUUAUGGCACACUAACAAUCUGCAGUGCUACGCUAAGUGCAUUGGCCUGUCAGCCGAGAAGGAGCCUGAUAUUUUCGGUGCUAUCCAAUUUGGCUCUGUUCUUGAGAACGUUGUCUUUGACCCAACUACUCGUCUGGUUGAUUAUGACGACUCAACCUUGACUGAAAACACCCGCUGCGCAUAUCCCAUCGAGUACAUUUCCAACGCUAAGAUUCCUUGUCUCUCGACAAACCACCCAAGCAAUAUCAUUCUUCUUACAUGUGAUGCUCGUGGUGUCCUCCCACCAAUUUCUAAACUCAACUCUGCCCAAACCAUGUUCCACUUCAUCUCCGGUUAUACCUCAAAGAUGGCUGGUACGGAAGAUGGUGUCACAGAGCCACAAGCUACCUUUUCGUCGUGCUUCGCUCAACCAUUCUUGGCUCUACACCCAAUGCGUUAUGCUAAGAUGUUAGCUGAGAAGAUUGAACACCACAAGGCUAAUGCUUGGUUGUUGAACACUGGAUGGGUUGGAGCUGGUGCUACCACUGGUGGCAAGCGUUGCCCGUAAGUACACAUUAAAUUUUCACUGAAACAAUGAAUACUAACAUGUGACAGAUUGAAAUAUACUCGUGCUAUUCUUGAUGCAAUUCACUCUGGGGAACUUGCAAAAGUCGAGUAUGAAAAUUACGAGACAUUCAACCUUCAAGUACCAAAAUCUUGCAGCAAUGUCCCAUCGGAAUUGUUGAACCCCAAAAAUGCAUGGAGCCAAGGAGAUGACAGUUUCAGAGCCGAGGUCAACAAACUUGGUGGUCUCUUUGUUGAAAAUUUUAAGAAAUACCAGUCGGAAGCUACUGAUGAUGUUGUUGCGGCAGGGCCAGCGGUUAAGGUCUAGGGUGUGUAAUAAAGAAGGGGUUCUAAUUAUGGGUUAUGGAAACAUCGGCCGGCGUUCUUAUUUAUUGUGGUGUACCUUGUGGUUAUCAUACGCAUCAUCAGCAUGGAGAUUGAGUCAAUGAAUAAACAAAAUUCACAAUUAU